UGAAAAUGCAGUACAUAUUAAUGGUUAAAAUACCGAAUGGUUUGUUUCAUUGUUUACGCCUAACGUCGAGUGGGAUGAUGAUCGAUUUUAUCCUCGUUACACAUUACAUACACAUGCGCCAACCACUAUCGGCUCCUUUGCUUUUGAUGUCACAACUUAUUCAAUAACUAUCCUAGCGACUGCCAUGGAAGCGCUUAUAAAAAAUGUAUGGUUGUACUCUCGGAGAAAUCUAUCUUUUCAUACUAAUUAUAUUAUUACACAUUAAAUAAUAAACCUAU